UGUAAGCUCACAGCAUAUACUUUACUAAUUUAACUGAGGCCCGGGUAGGAAUGAAAACUCUCUACUGAAGAAAUGUUUUCAGUUUCUUCGAUUGCUGUCUGCACAUUUUCUUGUUCCGAUUGAAAAGUCCAACCUCGUCUUUCUUCUGACGUGGCGCUGUGCAGGAGACAAUAAGCACCAUGCCAUGUACGUGGACGUGGGCGACACCUCCUCCGUGGAGCAUCUUUUCGAAGGCAUCAGAAAAGUAUCCGCGGUACCCCUCAGCAUCGUCGUACACUGUGCCGGCAUAAUUCGCAGGGCACCCUUGCUCGACUGCUCUGAUGAGCUCUUUGACAACGUCAUUAAUGUGAAUCUGAAGGGCACAUUCCUGGUGAACCAGGCGGCCAGCCGCGCCAUGCUCCGUUCUGAAAGUCUUCUACCCGAAGGUGGAGCUUCCAUCGUGAACAUCUCUAGCAUCGCAGCCCUGUCCGGCUCUUAUGGCGGAUCAGCGUACUCUGCGUCCAAGGCUGCCAUCAUAGCGCUCACCAAGACGGCAGCGCAGGAACUAGCGGCACACGGCAUUCGAUGCAAUGCCGUGCUACCCGGCUGGGUGAACACUCCCAUGACCGCUAUGGCGGCUAGCACGAGCCACAUGGCUUCUUAUAUGCAGAGCUGUCCGAUUAAGAGGGCUGCCGAGCCCUCAGAGAUCGCCGAAGCGAUCAAGUUCCUCUGCUCGCCAACUUCAAGCUCUUUUAUUACGGGCGUUGCGCUCCACGUAGACGGAGGGUACAAAAUGUGACCUUUUGUUCUCUGCGAGCCACAGGCAUACAGAGAAUUCGAAACAUCCAAUAGGUAUAUGUGCCACACGGCUCUUAUGUAUUUGUUUUUACUUACGUUACAACCGUGUCUCUGGCUCGUUUGUCGGGUUCGCGAGAGACAGCACUCGAUUAUCAGUCAUACAGAAAGAAAGCAAGCAAGAAAUAAAAAGAAAAAAGAAAGGAAAUACAUUAUUCCGGCAUAUUGAAAUACUGUAGUGUUGACCGUGUUAUUUGGAUGCUUGGCUUACGUGGCUAGUUUGGCGUUUAUAACAUAUAAAUGAGCAAAUAUUGCGAUGCGUAGCAAAAAGAAAAAAGAAAGUGAACUGAUGUUUAGCAUUAUAAUCAGGCAAUUUUCAUGCCCGUAGCCAGACGAAGGCAUCUCCAGUGAUUUCCGAUUACCCCCGUCUUGCGCUAGCUCAUUUAAACUUGC